AUGGUCGGUGUCCUAAUGGGUCUCACACUCGCCGCCCCCCCUGCGGUGGGCACCGCCGCCGGCCCUGCUGUUAGCGCAACCGUUGCAGGCGUCGCCGCCAUUGAGGGCGCUACCGUUGGAACAACCAUCCUGGCAGUGGGAGAAGGUGCCCUCUUCGCCGUAGGACUCACCGCCCCACCUGUCGGCUGUCUUAUUGUGGGUUGCGACAAGAACGAGAAUCGCAACGGCAUUUGCGGCUACACCUGGGACUGCUGGAAGCCUAUUAUCCGAGAUACGUCGGCAGAGCCAUCUAACGGCAUGACUCUUCGCUGCCUGGCUGCCCAUCCAAAUGUCCGGUCGAUGUCGUUCGACUGUGAUGGGCUCUUGGUGGGAAAUAUUUUUGGCGAGCGCUCUCGCCUCACUCCCGUCAGUGUUGAGGGGUCGUUGGCUCUUCAUGCGUCGAUUCUAUCCUAA